AUGGCUACGACCAACAACAUAUCCUCAAUAGAUAUCCACAAUUUAUCGUUCAUCAAAUCAAAUAAAAAUGAACCACUCCUAGUAUUGAAUAAUUAUGUUUAUAAACGUAACAAAACAACGGCAAAAAGAAAGUAUUGGGUAUGUGUUAUUCGAGGUUGUCAAGUGUACGUUCACACUACGUUAAGCAAUGAAUACGCUGGUGGUGGUACAGAUCUUCAUUCUCAUGCGCCUAAUCCUGAACUGGUCCAAGUGAAGAAGGUCCGUCAAAAGAUGAAGGAACGUGCUCUCAACGAAGUGACACUGAUUGGAAUGAUUUAUGAAGAAGAGAUCGCAAAAUCGAGUAUGACUCGAUCUGCUUUGGCUAUCUUCCCAACUAACAGUGAAAUUUAUCAAGGUGUUGCUAAAGCUCGUCGCAAAGCAGCACCAGAAUUACCACAAUCCUGCUUUUUUACUAUUCCUGAUAUUUAUAAAUCUACAAUCGAUGGGAAACGAUUUUUAUUGUAUGAUGGAUCGCCAAUCAGGCGUGAACGUAUUUUACUUUUUGGAAAUGAUGAUCAACUCGACUUACUAUUCGAUUCACAUACAGUAUUUAUGGACGGCACGUUCAGUAAAGCUCCACAUAAUUUCUGCCAAAUCUAUAUUAUUCAUGCAGUUAACUUUGACAUAUGUUUGACAUGUGUUUAUGGCCUAUUAAUGAUCAAAAAGUCGAUCGUGUACAAACAGAUAUUUGUCGAACUGAAACAAAUCGCAUCUCAACGUGGUAAAUCUUUCUCACCUGCAUCGAUAAUAACAGAUUUUGAACCCGCUGUACUUCCUGUAUUGAAAUCAUAA